AUGGAAAUAAAAACAAAUAAUAAUAAUUUAGAAAAGGAAACAAAUUUUGAAAUAAAUAAUAUAAAUAGAAUUAUUUUAGAUAUAUUAUGUACAGAAGCAAUAAGAAAAAUUAAAUUUAUUCUUCAUGUAUUAAAAGAAAUACUAAAAAAAAAAACGAAUAUCUUACAUGUGUAUAUAACCAAUAACAUUGAUCAUUUGGCCACUGAAAAAAAAAGAAAGCAAAUAUUCAACUCGUUGCAAGAUCAAAUUGAGUUAUGCGAAAAUGAAAACGACUAUAAUAAUAUAAAAGACAAAAUUCAAGAGUAUAUUAAUUCUAUAAGCGAAACAAACGAAAUAUUAUGCCAAAAUUCUCCUAUAGAUAGAAACAUAAAGGAAAAUAGAGACAAAAUAAUAGAAGAUGGGCAUCUACUUUUAAAAAUCUUUAAGAAAAUUAAAAAGCUAGAUUUUAUAUCCGUUUUGAAUGAACUUAGUAUAUUUAAGAAUGAUGAAAACCUUCUUGUAAAUUUAAAUCAAAAUGUAUAUCACAAAAAGCAAAUCAUUAAUAUUUUAAAAAAACAAAUAGAAGAGUUAAUAGAAAAUACAAACAAUAAAAAAAUAAGAAUCUAUGAGAAAAUAGAACAAGUAGAAAAAAAGAAAAAAAUAUUUUUUGUAAAAUCUAUGCUUUAUUAUAUAUAUAAAAAAGAAUGUGUUCAGGCAAAUGUAUCGAAUUUCAAUAUGGAUAUAAAAUUUAAGCAUGAUUUGACUCAAACCUCAAAAGAAAAUAUGGAAAAUGAAUUAAAGACAUAUUAUGAUAUUAAUGAAUACAUUAAAAUGUUUCUUAACAAAAGGAAUGAUAAUUUGCAAAAUAUUCAUGAUAGCUUGGUAGAAUAUUAUGAAAAAGAGAAAAUAAAAAAAAUAAAAGAGUUGGAAGAAAUAAAAAAAAAGGUGGAUAUUUCCAUUUUGAUUAUUCAACAAAAAAGAGAAAUAAUCCUUAAAUACGAGCAAGCGAACAAAGCACAAAUAGAGGAAGAAAAAGUAAAAUUAAGAAAAGAAAUUGCAGAGAAAGAAUAUUUAAAAACUUAUAAUGAAUGUGUUUUGUUUUUACAAGAUAUAGGACGAAAUAAAAUAAGGGAUUAUGAGGAAAAGAGAAAAAAAAGAAUGAAAAAAAUGCAAAAAAAAAAAAAAAAUAUUACCAGUUAUAGAAUGUGA